UGCUAGUAUUGUUAUUCGACUAUUCGACCACUCAAUUCAAUAUUCCACGUGGUACGAUAAUCACGUUUUCUGUAGAAUACAGUAUUCAGUUUAAUAUCCCUAUAAUAACUUGCUUGUGAUAUUCUUAGAAGUACAGUCCUGCUGUUUGAAAAACAAUGACAACUUCAUGUCAAAUUUGUAAUUUGCAACUCUUUAAGUACAAGUGUCCAACUUGUUAUAUUAAAUAUUGCAGCCUCCUGUGUUUCAAAGCGCACAAGGAAUCACCAUGUGAAAAACCAAGUUCUACUCCAUCUGAGACUUUGGCAGGUGAAUGCCUGCCUUUGACUUACAAGUUUCCCACCACUGAUACAGUGCCAAUUGAAAAACUACAAGCAUUAGUUCAAAGUGAUGAGCUGAAAGAGUGUCUAUCUAAUCCUCAUGUCAGAGAUAUUUUGAAAUCUCUGGUUCAGAGCCAAACACCGGAGGCAUCUAUCACUGAAGCAAUGAAGGAGCCAAUAUUCCUUGAAUUAGCUCAUGCAUGCCUUAAAAUUGUAGAGCCAGAAAAGUUUCAGCAAGAAUUGGGUAAGAUGUUUUGA